CAAUUUUUGACGUGGCUAAAAAUUAAAGGAGGCAAAUCUUUUUAUUCGUAUAAAAAGAGAGAUCAAAAAGAGCAUGAAAAAGAGAUAGCAAAAGCCCACUUUUUGCAAUAACAUGUGGCUCUCUCAUCUCUUCAUGUCCCUCUCUCAGCUGACGUGUAAUUUCUCCAUUUUCUCUGUCUUUAUGGCUUGUGGCUCUGUGUGAUCCAUUAUUAAUUUAAUACCAACCUCAGCCUCUUAUACAUACUCUUGUCUCAGACCUCAAAUAAAGAAUAAACACACAACCAUAAAUCUCAAUUAAUCUCUACUUCAUCUUCUUUCUGUUUUAUGUCUUCAAAGAUUAUUGGUAUGUCUCAAGUUAGAGAUACUCCGGUUAAGUUGUUUGGCUGGACAAUUACACCGGUUUCUCAUGAUCCACACUCUUCUUCGUCCACUGUUCUUCCUGAUUCUUCCUCGUCUUCCUCAUCUUCUUCUCCAUCACUUCGACCACACAUGAUGAACAAUCAAUCUGCUACUGACAAUACAAGUCUUAAGAUGUCAUCUAAUCUUAACAACGAGUCGAAAGAAACAUCUGAGAACAGCGAUGACCAACACAGCGAGAUUACAACAAUUACAUCGGAAGAGAAAACAACUGAACUGAAGAAACCAGACAAGAUUCUUCCGUGUCCGAGAUGCAACAGCGCAGACACCAAAUUCUGUUACUACAACAACUACAACGUUAACCAGCCACGUCACUUCUGUAGAAAAUGUCAGAGGUAUUGGACUGCUGGUGGAUCCAUGAGGACCGUCCCAGUAGGCUCAGGCCGUCGCAAGAACAAGGGAUGGGUUUCUUCAGACCAGUACAUGCACAUAACUUCCGAGGAUACUGACAAUUACAAUAGCUCCUCAACGAAGAUUCUAAGCUUCGAGUCUUCGGACUCUUUGCUUACUGAGAACACUAAGCAUCAAUCAAGCAAUGUGAAGAAAAACGGCGAUUCUGUUUCACAAGAACUCAACAACUUCCAAGGGUUUCUUCCUCCGCAAGGAUACCCUGUUUCGCCCCCUUGGCCUUGCCAAUACCCUCCAAACCCUAGUUUCUACCACAUGCCCGUCUACUGGGGCUGUGCGGUACCGGUUUGGUCUACCCUAGGCACUUCUACAUGUCUUGGGAAAAGGACAAGAGACGAAGCUGAAGCUUCGCAUGAAAGUGUUAAAGAGAGCAAAAAUGCUUUUGUGAGAACAAGCUUGGUUUUGGAAUCUCGGAGUAUCAAAAAUGAAACAAGUACGGCUACAAAUAACCAUGUGUGGUAUCCGGUACCGAUGACCCGCGAGAAGACAGAGCAAUUCAGCUUUUUCAGUAAUGGAGCUGAAACAAAGAGCAACAACCAGAGAUUCGUCCCUGAAACGUAUCUUAACCUGCAAGCAAACCCAGCAGCCAUGGCAAGAUCUAUGAACUUCAGAGAGAGCAUAUAACGUUAAGGAGAUACUAAUAUAGAAUAAUUGUACGUAUCUUAAUUCAAGAAGCGUUCUCUGUAUAUUGAUUGUUACCUAGUAGAAGAAGAAAAAACUUUGUAGAUAUCUUUUUGUGUGAUGAAAUUGUAGACAACUUUUCAAUCUAUCUUAUUUAUAUA